AUGUCUAUUACGGAAGACUCUGCGCCUGUCGUGGAUAGUCAGACUCUACAUAAACCUCGAUAUCGACAGGCUGUCCCCGUCCCUGCGGAUUUGACCGAGCAUAUUCAUAUUCUGCUAGACACAGACCUCUAUAAAGAUGCCCUUAUUCUUCUCACAGACCUCGUAGUAUCGGGGGCAUCCAACCCCCAGUGUGCCAGCCACCCAGCAUUUGCGCCAGACCCCUACCACAUCGAACUCAUCAGCGCACUGCUCAUUCACCCGAAAUACACCAACCAGAUCACCUUGGACAAGGAACAGGACCUCGGAUCGCGAUCCAUAACACUCCUACGGAAUGUCCUAGCUAUCUUGGGACCUGUAAACGCAGGUCUAGGGGAGGCCUUCUCCUUGGUCUUAGGGCAGGACAGUCACUCCAGGACAUCGAGAAGGAGUCGAAACGCGGUGGAUUCGGACAGCGGAUCGAGUAGCCCUGAAACAGACGAAUUCUCCAAGACUGUAUCGGGGGUUAUUGCGCAUGCAGGUAGGAUACGCAAAUGCGCUAGGGGCGACUUCUGGAAUAUGGUCGGAUGGGCUUUCAACUGCAGUGUGAACUACCCCAAACGAUGGAAGUACUGGAAAGUCUGGUUGGGGUACAUGUUAGAUGUACUGGAUGAAGACUGGCUGGAGCGAGAGCGGCUUGACGUGGAGGCCGAGUCUUCCGAUGGAAGUGCAGACUCGAACGAUGAACACGAAUCCAAGAUGCUACGUCAAUCUUUACUGGUCAAUUACCUUUCGAAAGCUGCGAAGAGUUCAAGCGUUAUGGAACGAGUAGUUCGGUCCGUGUUUGCGGCUGGAGACCCGGAUGACGAGCGAGAAUUCCCUGAGAUCUUCCCAAACGAAACUAAGGAGGUGAAGCAUCAGAAUGGGCAGAAACGGAAACGGGAGGAGCUGAUGAGUCGAAACUUUGUCGAUUACGAUGACGAAGAAGCUGAAGUGGAGUUCGAUUCCUCGGAACAAACCCCGGAACCGAAUCCGGGCGCCGACGAGACGAAUUCCAUAUCUGGAGCGGACUAUCUUGGUGGUAUGGAAUCGAUAAUUCUUCGGCAACGGGUCAUAACUCUUUUGUCACGAGCCUCCGCUGUGCUUCCCGAUUCUUUUGGCUACAUAAAAGAGGUCUACGACGAGUUUCGCCUUUGCACGAAGCAAUUGCCUCUACCCGCGUUCUCCCUCUUCAUGACACCAUCCAUCUAUACGAAGCUACCUGAAGUUGUGUUCGUCUCACUCUCGCAAAGACUUCUCUGUGAUAUGCUUGUAACAAGUGCUCCCCGUCCACAGACAGUGACAGGUCGAGACGAUGACGAGUUGACCGGCGUUGUUUUGGAGCGAUGCUUCCUGCCAUUUCCUGCCUCUACCUGUAGCGUGUCAGAUAAUGCAAAAGUUUCUAUAUUAGUGGAAGGCAUAUUUCGACUCCUGUCGAGGGUCCAAGCUUGUGACUUCACUCCGGGUCUGGAAGCUGCUUUGGAGAAAGGUAUACUUGCUCGGGAGAGGAAGAUCAAGGCGGAUAGAAGGAAGAAGGAAACCAGUGCCAGGAGGGAGCAGGGAGACCUGAUAUGGCUGAGGGCUAGUGCACAAAGGAUGAGAAGUCAGCUUUCUUGGAUGAAGCAGCUGGCUACAAAGGCGUAA